CCAUCUAACGAUCAGUUGCGCGUGAGAGCCAAACGGGAGCGGUCGCGUCCGUUGUCACAAAAAACUCGCUCCGACAAAUAAUGUUCUAAAAAUUACGAUAAAAAUGGAACACCAAACUUUAGAUAAAACAAUGUCGACAUCACCAAUGCUGCCUAAAGAGGGUGGGGAUGACAAAAUGGUGAUUAUCACCCCCAAUAACGGUGUGGGGAAGAUUUUAAUUCGGGAGGACACGAUUUUAGCCAAUUUACACGGUUGUGCCGGGUGCGGGAAAAGUCAGUUCACGUGUGGGGGGGUGAAAAAUCAGUGGUCCGUGUUGUGUUGGGGAAAACAAUCGGAAAAGAAGUAUUAUUGUUUAUUGCUCCUGAUUUCUACAACGUUCGUUCUGAGUAUGAUUGGGACGAUAUUUUUCUGUUUUACAAACACAAUCAACGAUGCCAUACUCUCAAGCAUGGUGAUUCGGAAUAAUUCUCUAGCGUUCAAAAUUUGGAAGCGGCCUGAUGUGCAGCCCCAUAUGAAGGUACACAUCUUCAAUUACACGAAUUGGGAGAGAGUCAAGGAAGGGCUGGAUGAGAAACUGCACGUGGAAGAAGUCGGACCUUAUGUUUACUCACAACAGUUGGAGAGGGUGAACAUACAGUUUAAUGGUGAUAAGCUGAGUUUCCAAGAGAGGAAUCACUUCCAGUUUCUGGCCGAUAAGAGCAAUGGCGCGCACUUCGAUCGCGUGGUCGUGCCAAAUCUUCCUUUAUUGGGAGUAAUUUCAAAGGCUUUGAGUAUGAACCUGAACAGUCUGGGACAGCUGACGUUGAGCUCCGCCAUGACUUGGGCAAACCAUCCAAACGCCUUCGCCGAACUACCAGUCCACCGGUUUUUAUGGGGCUAUGAUGACAGUAUCAUCGAUACGGCCAAACCGUUCCUGAGUCUCGGAGGACAACUCAAGUUUGAGAAGUUUGGCUUACUUGUCACGAAAAACGGCACUGUCUCCGAAAGGUUCACUAUCAACACUGGAGAAUAUGACAAAGACAAGAUGAACAUCAUCGAACAGUUUGAUGGCAACGACCAUCUUACUUUCUGGGGAAGUCCGGAGUGCAACAGCAUAAAGGCAUCGGAUGGCUCAAUAUUUCCACCGUCUCAGCUGGACAAGACCACCACUCUCCACGUCUUCUAUCCGAACCUGUGCCGCAGACUGCCCUUCCAAUAUGAGAAGACCAUCGAGAUAGUAGACGGAAUAGAGCUGUACCGGUACAGGAUGCCUCUGAACGUCUUCGAUGACCCUGGGCACAACCCUGAGAACCAGUGCUACUGCGAGAUUGACACCGCGACCUGCCCGCCGAGGGGAAUUAUCAAUGUCACCGAUUGCACCAUGGGCGCUCCUGCCUUGGUAUCGUUCCCUCAUUUCUACUUGGCUGAUCCUAAACUCCGUGAGGACAUCGUUGGACUGAAACCUGAUCCAUUAAAACACGACUCCUUCAUCGACCUGCAUCCAACAUUAGGAAUAGCUCUCAGUGGAAAAUCUAGCUUGCAAAUCAACAUCCAAGUGAGAAAAAGCGACAUGUUCUCUGCCGUGAAAUUCCUUCCUAAUGGACUCAUAUUACCUGUGGCCUGGAUUGAAAUGAGCGUCGAAGAGUUACCAGAAGGCCUCAGAUCCCUCGUUUACCACGGCACCUACUCCACAGCAGCAGCCCAACUUGGAUUAACAGUAAUUUGCGUCAUAGCAUUCAUUGGCUCCGGGGUUUGCUUACUUUGCACGUUCGCACGACGAAAACAGAAACCGUGUGCGACAUUAAAAGUAAAAAUACCAACAGAACUGGAAUUAAAAAACCAAAUGUCGUGAAAUAGUAAAAUAGUCUUCAAAUUUUGUGCUAGCCAUACUUUUUUCUAAUGGGUGCUGUGUUUUUUCGCUAGAUGGCGCUUAUCUAUAUUAGUGCAUCUCGUUCUUCGUCCAAUAGGGAAAAGGGAUGAUGACGGGGUGUGAAAAUUAAAAAUCUAUUUAGUCCGUCAGUUAGGUUUUGGAAAAAUAUCACGUAUGACAUGUAUUUUUUUAUUUUGUCAUAUAAGAUAACAAAUACUUAGAUAAAACGAAUCAAAGUUUAGGAGUAAGAGCAAAUACGUCAUUUCUACGUAUAAAACGUACCUAGAAGCGACGUCAUGCGAUAUUUUAAAUCGAUAUAUCUUCGAAAGUAUUUGUUGCCGUAAGAAAAUAAAAAAUAUACGUGUCUAAUGUUUUAAAAUAAUCUACAAGACGGACAUUAAAAUAAAAAUUUGUCAUCUACCCUAUUAGCUAUUGUCACACCAUUGGCACGUUCAAUAUUUUGACAGCUACGGUGAUUGGUUAAACACUAAACAGUACCCUUAGUAUGAGUUUGCUUUACGUUUAAAGUAAUUGAAACGACGGCGUUCGGCGGUCUGAUUGGUUGGUUUAUUCGAGGCGGCCAAUCAGAGCGACGAACGCGUUCUCGUUUCGAAUACUUUAAACGUAAAGCAAACUCAUACUAAGAGUACAGGCCUUUAAAUAGAUUUGCGCCAUCUGGUGGUAAAAAAAAAACGGAUCCGGCAUUAAACCAAAGACAAAAGAAGCCAUUUUAGUGUUCCACAAUAUGGAAAAUGGAAUAUUUUGUCGCCAUAAUUUCCGACACUGCAUCGUACUGACAGUUAAAGGUAACCGUCCACAGGCCCGUAUCGUACGCAUCGCACGCAACGGAUUUUAGUUUGUCUUGUAUAGAAACUCAUACAACUGCGUCCACUGAUCCGCAUCGUACGGACCGCAUCAUCGGCAAUGCCUACAUGCGAUGCGUACUAAUGACGUCAUACGGAAUACGUACGAUGCGGGCCUGUGGACGCUUAGCUUUAGUUCGCGUUUUGUUAUUUUUUUAUGAUUUCUCAUUUAAAUACCGACACAAAUUCCAAUUCUUAUUCUUAUGUUAACUUUUGACCAAAAACUUAUACAUGGUAAUACGUGAUUACAACAAAAUAAAUUAAAAAUAAUGAUAACAAUACUUAAAUGAAACGAAUCAAAGUUUAGGAGCUAACUAUCUUAUUUCUACGUAUAAAACGUGCCUAGAAGUAACGUCACGCGAUAUUUCAAAUCGAUAUAUUGUCCUUCCCGAUUUUCCCAAUCCCUGAUUCCCCAACAACCCUUAAAUUCCUAACCCCCAAAAGACCGGCAACGCACUUUGGUGUUUCGUGUGACCGUGGGCGGCGGCGAUUGCUUACCAACAGGUGAUCAGUCAGAUCGUUUACCGGCUUAUACAUACCAUAAAAAGAAAUUAGUUAUAUAUAACUAAAUCACUUAAUUCCUUAUUGGUCGAAAAUUCGCUGUAUUUAUAAAUUUAAAGGGGAAAAUGCAACGAAUAUUUUAUCGUAGGUACUGUAAUAUUUCAAACCAACUUCAAAACUACUGGAUCGAUUUUAAUCAUUUUUAGUGACAUUGGCUAUAUAUGUUAUACUCAUUUUUCUAUACAACGUUCACAGUUUUUCUAUAGUGUAUUGAGUAUCAGAAUUGCACCCGUGAGAAGCCGAGGCUGGUCGCUAGUUCUAUAAAAAAUAAAAAUAUUGCAUUUGAAUUAUUAUAAUCUAUAAUCUCUACAUACGUAUAAAAUUAAUUGCUGUUCGUCAGUCUCGCUAAAACUCGAGAACGGCUGGACCGAUUUGGAAAAUCUUAGUAGUUACCAUUAUUUUUUAAAGUACAAUAAGGUGUUAUCUUUUGUUUUUUCUUAUUGCAAUACUACAAAGCGAUUAUUAGGUUUGUUAAACAUUAAAUUACUUGCCCUUUUUUAUAUAAUGAUUUAUAAAAAUAUAGUUAUAGUUUACUGUCAGGCAAAUAUUUAAUUAUAUAUCUUUAGUAAAAAUAUCAAAUCAAAUAACAAACAAGGGCUGUGUCUUUUUUUUAAUUUUAAAUAAGCAGACAUUGUUAUUCCCAGCCGUAGUUUCGACAUUGUUAACGACAAUUUCUAAAAUAACUUCUUAAAUAGUCGUUUAUUUCUUUAAGAGCAUUUAUGCCAAGCGAGUUCAAUGCGAAACUUGACUCAAUUAUCGUCAGGCAAGAUGGUAACCAAACGCAAAAAAAAAUUAAUUUAAUUAAAAUUAGUUAAGUAAUUUCCAAAUCCUUAAUAUUGAAUAUCUUUAAUAAUUAAAUUUCUAACUUAACGACCGCUUUUUAUCGCUAUCAAUGUCGAUACUCGGGUCUAACUAACAGAUAAAAAUAUCAGUACCCUUAGUACGAGUUUGCUUUACGCUUAAAGUAAUCGAAUCGAUCUGAUUGGUUGGUUUAUUCGAGCCGGCCAAUCAGAGCACCGUACGCUUUCGUUUCGAUUACUUUAAACGUAAAGCGAUCUCACACUAAUGGUACAGGUUGUCGAUUUAAAAUAAAAUAACUAUUUUUUUUAUAUAAAAUUAUUAUUUUAACAAAAAACAUUGUAUUUGUAAUAAACAAAGUUUACAUGUAAAAUUGUUAUACCUACCUUUAGGUACAUUUUAAAUAUAUAAGAGUGAUUGUAAAAAAAAUAAAUUGUAAUUUAGUAAAUAUAAGCGGGAUUUAUGAAUGUUUUAAUAUUAAGUUUUUAAGAUCUACAAUAAUGUUAAAUUAAAACGUACCUAGAUUAUAAGUUUUUAAACUGACAUGGUCACUAACACUAUCAUUAGAACUUGAGACGGGAUAUUUACCAUGUUUAUUUAUGUCUAUGAGUUUCAAAAAAGAAGAAAGUUCGCGAGCGGAUACUGAGUUUUGUGUGUUGAGAAUUGAAUCGAGUUACAAGUGAUACAAGUGACAGUGGUAGCGGUGUCGUUAGCAAAAAAACGAACUAGAAAGAGAGUAGACCGAUUCGUCUGCUCAUAAACAUCCACCCGCAUAUACUCCAGUUCAUCCGUGAUCAUGGCGCUUGCAACAGUGCCGAAAUAUCGGAAACUCGUAGACAUAAAUAAUCAUGGUAAAUAUCCCGUCUGAAGUUCUAAUGAUAAUGCCUAGAUCAUAUUUAAACUAAUUAAAAAAACAGUACGAAGAGAGGGUGAGAAUCUCUAGCAAAAAUAAAAAUAUAGUCAAUUGGUUACGGUUCUCAAAACUAGAUGUCGCUACUAGUUCCCAUAUUCAGUGGUUUAGAAUAAUUUUGUUUUUAUAACUAUCUUCUAAUUAAUUUCAGAUAAAUACGCUAGUAUUGGAU